AUGACUGGUGUUGUGAUUGGAGCCGAUGCAAAUGCUCAUCACACAAUCUGGGGAAGCUCGGACAUAAAUGAAAGAGGAGUAGAACCUACUUUUAUUAUUGCAGGCAGAAAAGAAGUUUUAGAUAUUACGUUAACUACUGAAAACACAGAUCUUGAGAUUAAGGAUUGGAGAGUUCUUGAUGAACACUCAUUCUCUGACCAUCGUUAUAUUCAAUUCUAUAUAAAUCUACAAUGUCCAGUUGAGAAACCUUAUCGGAAUUACCGAUCCGGAGCAGUUGCUUUAGCCCACUUUGAUGGCUCUGGGGUUGAUGAAGCGGUGUGUGCAAUGGUUGCACGUGUGCAGGAGCUUGCCUUAGGCUAUCCAGAAGGACGUAUUGAAUUACAAUUAAUUGGUGGCUACAAAGAUCCACAAUCAUAUGGUGAAGAUGUUUUCUACAGCAUAAUGCAAUCAUUCCACAAACAUCACCUCGAAAUUGACUUAACACAGGCCUGUGUUGGAGACUUAAAUACCAUUGUACGCGGUGACAUUAAUUUCCCCAUCAUCUAUGGCGUAGGUGUAAAUAUAAAUACCGGUGAAAUAUUUCCAGCUACUUUCCCAGAGAGAGGUCCAGAUAGGCAAUUAAGAGAUGCACGCAUUUUUAUGGGAGCACAAACGGUACUUGAUGUAUACGACUCUUCUUUGGGAAUGCUACGUAUUGGCCCAUUCAAUUAUGAUCCACUUCGUGGUGUAGAUUUAUGGCUAUCACAAACUGAUGAAUUUAUUUUACAGCAUUUAUCCUCAAGUCCUGAUGUGGAACCACCACACUUUGCUAUGCAUAUGCGCGCAACCAUUAAAUUUAUACAAGAGAACCAAUUUCCCGCUAUUACUGUAUUCAGAGAUAAUCGGCCACGCUAUUAUAGACGCGAUGAAACUACGGGUUACUGGACCAUUGUUAGAUAUUAAAUAAAAUUAAAACAACAAAUUGGAAGCAAUUAUUUGAAAUGUAUAUAAAAGUAAAAUUUGUU